AUGACUCUGACAUUUGGCCUUCCUUCAGAGCCCAGCAAGAUGAUGGCCAUGGGCGGCGAGGAAGCGAAGGACAGCCAUCGGCCUUCCAUUGCCGUUGGCGGGGGCAACGGGCGGGCGAAGGGAAGGAGGCGGGCCUGGCUACUGUCGGGGGUGGCAAGUGCCAACGUCCUGAUACUGGCCAGCGCUCUAGUGAGCGGGAGUGCCUUCAGCGAUGUGAACAUCACCCCCGCCGCGGUGCAGGUCUUCCUCACGGUCCUCCUCCUCCUCACCACAGCCUGGAUGGUGUUCUACACAGCCUGCACGGCCCGUGGAGACGGCGCUGUCCUCUACAAGGACGGCCACGCCGGACCCAUCUGGCUCAGAGCUGGGCUGGUUCUGUUUGGAGUCUUCAGCCUGGUCAUGGAUGUCUUCAAAAUCGCCAGCUCCACCGGUUACAUGCACUGUGACUCGGCCGUGACGAUUGUUUUUCCUGCGGUGCAAGCUGUCUUCAUACUUGUGCAGACAUAUUUUUUGUGGUUCCAUGCCAAAGACUGUGUUCAGGUCCAGAGGAACAUAACAUGCUGUGGCCUCAUGCUGACCCUUUCAACCAACCUCAUCCUCUGGAUGGCCACGGUCACUGAGGAAUCCCUGCAUCAGACCAACAUUCCAGACAACACGACUGAAAGAGCAGCUGAGGAGGACAGCGACUGCCGUUGCAGCCACUCGGCCUGCGAGAUUUUCGAGGCCUACUACUACCUGUACCCGCUCAACAUCGAGUACAGCCUCUUCGCCUCAGCCAUGGCCUACGUCAUGUGGAGGAACGUGGGCCGGCUGGUCGACGAGCGCGACCACCACCAUCAGCCGCACCCCAGGUUCCGUUUCCAGGGCGUGCUGGCGGGCCCCGGGGCCGGCCUGGUGAUGCUGGUGGCGGGGCUGGCCACCUUCGUGGUGUACGAGGUAGACGUGCAGUCCAGCCACGCGCCCACCAAGAGCGCCGCGCUCAACAUGCACUACACCAUGAACACCACGGCCGUGUGCCUCAUGUCCGUCUGCAGCCUGGCGGGCCUGGCGGUCUACCGGCUGGACAAGAGGGGCCACGUUUCGGGGAAGAACCCCACGCGGCGUCUGGACGUGGCGCUGCUGCUGGGCGCCUCCCUGGGGCAGAUGGUCAUCUGCUACUUCACCACGGUGGCCGUGGCGGCCAGCGGCGUCGCCGGGGUGACGGACGCGCUCGACCUGGCCUGCUCGCUCGUGACCCUGCUGCAGCUGUGCCUGCAGAACUUCUUCAUCAUCGAGGGGCUCCACCGAGAGCCCUUCCACGAGGCCGCCGCCCCCGCUGCCGUUUUCGCCAACCCCCAGGCCCACGCCCUCGAGGGGACGCCCCCCCCGGCUGGCGUCGCCGUCAUGGAGACGAAGCCCCCCUCUGAGGUCACGGUCGCCACCCCUUCUCCGCCCAACCUGAGCCUGAGCUGGAAGAGAUGGGCUCUCAAGGAGAUCUGCGCCUUCCUGUUGCUUGGCAACGUCAUUCUCUGGAUAAUGCCAGCGUUUGGUGCACGUCCCCAGUUUGACAACCCAAUCGCUCUGAAUUUCUACAAGUCCACCAUGUGGGUGCCCGUCGUAAACAUCGCCCUUCCCUUCGCCAUUUUCUACCGCAUGCAUUCAGUGGCCAGUCUCUUUGAAGUCUUUCUCAUCUCAUGAA